AUGGCUCCCCCUCACCCCACCAUUCAGCUCACACCGAUCGAAAGCACCCUACGAACUCUUCUCCUCGAUGUCGCGCAAUACAUUAGCCAAAGAGAUACCGCCGAUGGAAGCUCUGACUUGGUUAGUCCUCGUGAAACGGUUCUCCGGUUCACUGGCGGCUGGGUUAGAGACAAGCUCCUAGGCUGGGACAGCCAUGACAUUGAUGUUGGAAUUAGCAGUAUGACCGGAUACCAGUUCGGCAUGGCUUUGAAGGAGUACUUAGAUGACCCGCGGAAUCUUGAAAAAUACAAGAAGGGGCUUCCAAGCGAAGAAAUGAGCGACGCGAUUGUGAGCUUGCAUAAGAUCGAGGCAAACCCAGAAAAAUCAAAACACCUGGAGACAGUUACAACCAAAAUCUUUGGCAUGGAUAUCGAUCUAGUCAACUUGCGCAAAGAAACAUACUCGGAGGACAGUCGAAACCCACAGAUGGAGUUUGGCACAGCGGAAGAGGAUGCAAUGCGACGAGACGCUACAAUCAAUGCUCUAUUCUACAACCUGAAUGAAUCAAAGCUGGAGGACUUCACACAACGAGGGUUGGAUGAUAUGGAGAAGCGUAUUAUUCGUACUCCUCUGGAACCAUACCAGACUUUCAAAGACGAUCCGCUUCGCGUGCUUCGUUUAAUUCGUUUCGCUAGCAGACUAGGAUAUCAGAUCGAUACAGAGACGGAGGCCGCAAUGCAGAAUGAAGACAUCAGUGCUGCCCUCAAGCUCAAAAUCAGCAAGGAGCGAGUCGGGACGGAGCUAGAAAAGAUGUUACGAGGACCCGAUCCUCACGGCGCCUUGAAACUUAUCGACCGACUUAACCUCCACCCCACAAUCUUUGCCAACCACCAAGAUGAAGUGACUGCCAACAUAUCGACAUGGCCUCUCGCUUACGAUGCACUCGCGAAUCUACUACACUCGGAUGUAGAUACAGUGCAGCGUGUCCGCGCCCUUCUCCUGCCCGGCGAACACUGUGCUUACUACGCUUGGAUGGUCGUCGCUUUCGCUCCAUGGACCUCUAUUCCUGCUCGAGGCUCAAGCGAUCCUCCCAGACCCAGACCGCCGCCGGUUCGUGCGGUUGAAGUUGGCAGAGACAGCCUUCGUACCGAUAACAAAACUCUCACAAUCCUCCGCGAUGCAAGCUACAACUAUAGAGAUAUCAUUUCUCGCAAGUCGUCCUUACUUAGUGGAACUAUCAAUGGUAGCCCGGCUGAGAUUCGACAAACAAUUGGACUUCGUAUCCGAUCUUGGGGCAAGGAUUGGAAGCUUUGUGUCAUUUUAGCAAUCUUGCAAGAAAUCAUGCAGGGACGCGAUUUCGACACAGAGUAUGACCAAUUCCUCUCAUACAUUGUCAAAAAUGACCUCAAGGAUGUAGGCGAUUUGAAGCCCAUAGUAAAUGGUGGAGAAAUCAUGACUGCGCUGGGCGCAAAGAAGGGGCCGUGGAUGAGCAGGGCGACCACAUUUGUGGUAGAAUGGCAACUUCUAAAUCCUAACACUGACAAAGAGGCCACAUUGGAGGAGAUUCAACGACGGCGCUCAGAGUUAGGUUUAUAG